UAUUUUAUAUUUAUAUAUCCCUCCUAUCAUGCGAGUAAUCUAUUGGGUUGUGUACAAAAUGUUGAGAAUUGAGACCUCAUUGAGUUUUAAGUCCAUUAGCCAAAUACUUCAAAAAAUUAAAAUUUUAAAAUAUACCUUUCUCUGGCAAAGUGAAAAUGGAUAUCACAAAAACAUCAAGCGCUGAGGAAACGGAAAACACGGAAAAUAAUACGAGUCAUGCACAAAACUUACACGAAAACGUGUCCAAAUUUUAUGACACGAUUGAGAAUAUUUCCAGAAACUUGCGCAAGGACGAUUGGACAUAUUUGCAACGCCAUCCAGAGAUUCGAGCCAUAAUUCGUGUCAUUACAGCCGAGGCGAUUAAGGCACAGCCAUCAAAUAUAUACCAAUUUACAGCCGAUUUAUUUGCCAGCGAACGGGAUGAGGAGAUGGUAGAAAAGAUAAACAAGCAACUUAAGUGGUUGGGCGAGCAGUUGCGAGGGGGUACGUGGAAUUCUGCAGAAGGAUGUGCGCAAUUUCCAGAAUCCAGCGAGACUUCAGAAACUAAAUGCCCAACUCCCACUGAGAAUUUGAACAUAAUCGAGAAACAAGUUUGUCCCGAAAAUUAUAAGCCAGACUGCAAGAAAUGUUAAAAAUGUGAAUUUAAUAAAUUCAACAAACAUUUGUUACAUGUGCUUAUCACGGCA